UAUGUAAUAUAGUACCGAGCACUUUUAAAUGGAACGUGAUAAGGCGCUUGCCCACCAACGCAUCCGGCCAUGCCCAUGACUAUUAAUUAGUUCAGCCUUGCUGGCGGGAACUCGUCAUUUUGAUUUUAUGAUGGCCGGCGCCUAUAGAGAUAGCCCAGUCGUGUGUGUGUGUAACUACAUCCGCUGAUGGUCGGCUUUUAACUUUCACUUAUUUUCCGUACCUGUACAUAAUACUACGCCGCUGCUGCUGACCAGAGGAAAGAUUAGAAAGGAAAAUCACAGAACAGACAACAACAAAAAACAACAUCGCUCUGUCAUUGCGGGACCGACUUUGAGAGUGAACGGACGCGGAAAUGGAGGACCAGAUCGAAAGGCAGCGGACUCACCUUCAGCGGAGGAAAAUCUCGGCUGCAAUCAAGCUGGAGCGGAUACAGCGAUUCGUAGGCGAGGAAUCGGUCAAAGUGGAAGUCAUCGAGGAAUUGGAGCGGGAAUACGACACGACUCACCGCCAAUUGAAGGAAUUGGAGAUCAGCAACGAAGCGAGAAAGAAGCGGGAAAUUCAAACGUUGAAACGAUUCGGAGUGAUGGACAGCAGUGCAUUGUCCGGCAUUCGCUACAGCCUGCCGGAUAUCGAAAUCAGUCGCAUCCGGACCCAUUCCUCGUCCGUUUCUGGCAGCAAUCAUCAUCAACCGGAAGGAGCGGUCAGCGACGACGAGGAGGCCCUGGAUGAGGAGGCCGAAGAAGAAUCGGAAGAAGCUGAUCCUUACAGGAAGAAACGGAGUUGGAAAGCUCUGGGAUGGUUAUCGGCCUCGCCCAUCUUCUUCCGUCCGAGAAGCCGGAGUGAAACGCCCAGUCGAAAGUAUCGAGCCAUGUCGGCCGGCGGAGUGACGGCGGCCACUCCGACCACAGUCCUGAGUUUGAGACGACUGUACACUGGAAAAUCGGAAUUCUACGACGUCGAUGACGAAGUUAUGCCCGCCAUCAACAAGUCCAGUUCGGAAAGAAACAUUCGUGAAGAUGUGCCAGUGAAAUCGCCCAUCGACCAAAAAACACUGGACGAAAUCAACCGUUUCGAGAUUCUUAUCAAAAACUAUUUCCUAAGAAAACAACAAAAGAGAUAUUGAUUGCGCAAUCGUCCCGAUUUUUCACGAUGUGCUUUGAGUAGCUAGUCAAAUCAGGUGACGUUUGAAAUGUACUGUGGUAAAUCGAAAAAUCUUAAUAUGUAAACACGUUUCGUUGGUGUGUGUUGCUUUUCACGUCACUACGUGCAACUUUCUGCGCAUCUAAAUAUACAUUUGCAUGGCAGGAAGAUUAGACACGAGGUGGCAGCACGAUAUGUUUUGUUUUGAAUCGGUGGUGAAAGUGAUCGAGUGUGCUCUCCCAAUUAUUCCCCUUCCAUUUUAUAUGCAGAAACAAUUGUAAAACUUUUGCUUAGAGUUUUAAUGCACACACUGUUGAAACCAAAGAUUUUGUUUUUGUGUAAAAGACAUCAUGAAUAAUAAACCAGUAGUGAUUCAUUGGUUUCGUAAAGGCCUUCGCCUGCACGACAAUCCAGCACUUUUGAAUGCCCUCGAGAAGGUUGGCGAAAGUCAUUAUGAAUUGAGGCCUGUCUUCAUUCUGGACCCAUGGUUUGUCAAGAAUGCCAAGGUUGGUCCUAAUCGCUGGAGGUUCCUCGUUCAAAGCCUUCAGGACCUGGAUGACAAUUUGAAGAAGAUUGGGUCUCGUUUGUUCAUACUAAAAGGAUCACCAACAGAAAUUUUCAAGAAAUACUUCAAAGAAUGGAAUGUCAAGAAAUUGACAUUCGAGGUUGACAUAGAGCCAUAUGCCAAAACACGAGAUGAAGAAAUUAAAAAGCUUGCUGACCAUCACUCUGUCACUGUGGUCACCAAAGUUUCUCACACCAUUUAUGACCUGGAAAAGGUUUUUAAGGCGAAUGGUAAUAAAGCUCCAUUGACAUAUGUAAAAUUUCAAUCUGUUGUGGCCAAAUUUGGAACACCCGAAAAGGCAUUGAAUGCUCCUGGCAAAUUGCCCAAACAGUGCCAGACUUUGCUUUUAUCUGACAAGUAUAAUGUUCCACUAUUGGAAGAAAUGCAAGUAGAUUUGACUGGGUUAGGGAAAGAACUCUAUCGCGGAGGAGAAACUGAAGCCCUGGCCAGGAUGGAAAAGUACAUGAGUCAACAGGAUUGGGUGUGCAAAUUUAGUAAACCGGACACGUCACCCAACAGCAUUGAACCAUCAACCACUGUGUUGAGCCCUUACCUCAAAUUUGGCUGCUUGUCACCCCGCUUAAUGUAUCAUCGUCUUCACGAGAUCAUUGACGGUCGUAAACACACGAGUCCGCCGACAUCGCUGACGGGUCAGAUGCUUUGGCGAGAGUUUUACUACACUUGCGGGGCAUACACUCCCAACUUUGAUCGAAUGAUUGGGAAUCCCGUGUGCAAACAAAUUCCCUGGAAAGUUGACCCAGAAGACGAGCACUUUGUCGCUUGGAAAAAUGGCAGAACUGGAUAUCCUUUUAUCGAUGCCAUCAUGAUACAAUUACGAACUGAAGGUUGGAUUCAUCACUUGGCCCGUCACGCAGUUGCGUGUUUCCUAACGCGCGGAGAUCUAUGGGUCUCUUGGGAACUUGGCCAACAGGUUUUUGAAGAACUAUUGCUUGAUGCUGACUGGGCAUUGAACGCUGGGAACUGGAUGUGGCUCUCUGCUUCAGCUUUUUUUCACAGCUAUUUUCGAGUUUAUAGCCCCGUAGCUUUUGGCAAGAAGACUGAUAAACACGGCGAUUACAUCAAGAAGUAUUUGCCGAUUUUGAAGAAAUUCCCAACAGAGUACAUUUACGAGCCGUGGAAAGCUCCUCUGAGUGUCCAAAAAACAGCGGGAUGUAUUAUUGGAAAAGACUAUCCGAAGCGAAUAGUUGACCAUGAUAUUGUAAUGAAGGAGAAUUUAGCUAAGAUGAAGAAGGCAUAUCAAGGCAAAGAAGAAGCACCCGAAGGCGAGCCAGUCAAAAGAAAGAAAAGCGUUUCUAAUGAAUCCCCACCUAAAAUUACAAAAUUCUUUAAAAAGAAUUAAUUGUAGUUCCACUUCUCAUCAACGACAACUUUCUGAUGUGUCGUUAAAAUGUACUAUUUUUGAAAUCUCAAAAUUCAGAGUGCAAAAUCUAAAAAAACAACAGUGCGUGUUAUAAAAUCAAAUGUGUGGGUCUAUGUUAUUUAAUAUACACCAUCAAAUU